CUAUAUAAGCCCCGCACGAACGCUCACUCCAAACCCUACCCGCCGCCGCUUCCUCCCGCCGUCCAAGCAGCGCCUCCGCUACCAGCACACGUCGUCUCGAGCUCCCGCUCCCCCCUUCGACCAUGGCGGACGUGGAGGUGGAUACGGAGGUGGCGGCCGCGGGGCCGAAGAAAAGGACGUUCCGCAAGUACAGCUACCGCGGCGUGGACCUCGACGCGCUCCUCGACAUGUCCACCGACGACCUCGUCCAGCUCUUCCCCGCGCGCGCACGGCGGAGGUUCCAGAGGGGUCUGAAGAGGAAGCCCAUGGCGCUCAUCAAGAAGCUCCGCAAAGCGAAAAAGGACGCCCCCGCCGGUGAGAAGCCUGAGCCUGUGAAGACCCACCUCCGCAACAUGAUCAUUGUGCCUGAGAUGAUUGGGAGCAUUGUUGGUGUCUACAACGGCAAGACCUUCAACCAGGUUGAGAUCAAGCCGGAGAUGAUUGGCCACUACCUCGCAGAGUUCUCCAUCUCGUACAAGCCUGUCAAGCACGGUAGGCCCGGUAUCGGUGCUACCCACUCUUCGCGGUUCAUUCCUCUGAAGUGAGGACCAAAUAUGGGCUUCUGUUCUAUCAGUUGGAUUUUUUUUCCAUGUAGCAUGAGCUGCCAAGUUAAAACUAUGUAUACCUACUACUUCUAUGUAAUGAGCGUACUGGCUGUGAACCAUUAUUAACUGUUAUGUUGUUUUUGACGUUCUAUUUGAUUGCCAUAUACCUCAUUGGAUGUAAUGCC